UACAGAUGACAGCACCAUACCCAAAUCACGUGAAACUUCACCUAACGAUCAGCUGUCCAAGCGGGAGUGGUUGUGAGCGCACUUUAGGGGUGUUUCGGCGGUAAUUUUCUUCCGAGCAGACAGGGCAAAGAAAGAAGAAGUUCUUCGUCAUCAGAAGACGACCCUGGAACCAUGUCGGAAUAUUGGCUGAUAUCGGCGCCGGGCGACAAGACCUGUCAGCAAACAUGGGAGACAAUGAAUAAUCUGACCAGUAAACAGAACUCACUCUGCGUCAAUUACAAGUUUCACAUUCCUGAUUUAAAGGUUGGUACCUUGGACCAGUUGGUCGGACUUUCUGAUGAUCUGGGCAAGUUGGACGCGUUCGUUGAGCAGGUGACCCGUAAAGUGGCUGCUUACCUAGGCGAAGUACUGGAAGACCAACGAGACAAACUGCACGAGAAUCUAAUGGCCAACAACAGUGGUGGAAGGCCGCCCGACGACAGGGGCGGGGGCGUGAAGAUGGCCGACGAGGGUGACGCAACCAGCUCUUCGGGGGUGUACGACGGCGAAGAAGAAGAAGGUGAAGAAGAAGAUAAACCGCCUCCUCUACUUGACGAAGACGAUCCCCAUACGGACAUGGAACACGAGGAGGACGGGGAGGAGGCGGUGGUGAACGAGCCCUCCCUUGUCAACGAUGCGUGGGGGGCGCACCACAACCAUCCGCUGGUCGGGCCAGGCGACUUGCCGAGCUACCUGACCCGGUUCCAGUGGGACAUUGCCAAGUAUCCGAUCAAGCAGUCGCUGCGGAACAUCGCCGACAUUAUUAGCAAGCAAGUCGGUCAAAUCGAAAACGAUUUGAAAACUAAAUCGUCGGCGUACAAUAACCUGAAGGGCAGCCUGCAGAGUUUGGAAAAAAAGCAGACAGGCAGCUUGUUGACGAGGAACCUCGCCGAUCUGGUAAAAAAGGAGCACUUCAUCCUAGACUCGGACUACUUGCAGACCCUGCUCGUUAUUGUACCCAAGUCGCAAUUCAACGAAUGGAACGCCACGUACGAGAAAAUCACGGACAUGAUCGUGCCGAGGUCGUCUCAGUUGAUAGUACAGGACGGCGAGUAUGGCCUGUUCACCGUCAGCCUCUUUAAGAAGGUGAUCGACGAGUUUAAGCAUCACGCGCGCGAGAAGAAGUUUAUAGUGCGCGACUUUACGUACAACGAAGAAGAAUUGGCGGCAGGGAAGAACGAGAUCACAAAACUGGUUACCGACAAGAAGAAGCAGUUCGGCCCGCUGGUUAGGUGGCUCAAGGUCAACUUCAGCGAGUGUUUCUGCGCGUGGAUCCACGUCAAGGCUCUGCGCGUCUUCGUCGAGUCAGUACUCAGAUACGGGCUGCCGGUCAACUUCCAGGCGAUCCUGAUCCACCCGCACAAAAAAACGAUGAAGCGCCUGCGCGACGUGCUGAGCCAGCUGUACGGCCACCUGGACGGCAGCGUUGGUCAUACGGGUGGCCACGUUGACAACGUCGACAUUCCCGGUUUGGGCUUCGGUCAGUCGGAGUACUACCCCUACGUCUACUACAAGAUUAAUGUGGACAUGAUCGAUUCGAAAGCCUAGUUCGUUCUUCGAGUUGGUCGUCAGUUUUCGUAAACCUUUAGGCAGUACACACAGUAUAAUAACAUUUCGAUUCGACGGUGCGCGGCGACGCAUUUUCCGGGUAACUUUUUUUCUUUUGUCAGCGGUCCACAUGGCGUGCCGCGUGAGCGGAUUUUUUCCAUCGGGCUGUGCAUCACACCUUGCCGAAUCGGUAGAAAAAAUGUUUUUCGAAACCUAAUUAUUGUUAGGGACGUUAGAAACAUUUUUUCCCAAAAGUGUUUGCCCAUUUUUACAUUUAAAAAAAAAGUUUUCCCCGGAAGAUAUUUUGCCUGCAUUUUUUUUUUUUUUGGGGGGGGGUUAGGAGUUUGGUAGUAGGCGUUUUCGUCAUGGCAACGAGGUGACGAGCGUUGACAAUACCCUAUGCAUUAUAAUCUUAGCGUCGUUCACUCGUUAAAAAGUAAAAUAGGAAAAAAUGGGCUCGAAUCGGGCGCCGAAUCUUUAUUCAAUUUUAUUUGCCCCAAGUAAUUUUUUUUAGAGCAUGUGCUGUCUGACGUCCCAAGUGCAAAUGUUACCCUUCUUCCGAUUGAUUGAUUAAUUUUAAUAUUUUGAUGUCAAAUUGUUUAUUGUAAUAAAUAAAACUUCCAAGAUUUUGGGCGCCCCUUGAGUCCGCCUCCCCCCCUCAUAUAAUCUUCUCCGCGCCGCCGAUCGUUUUCCAUUCGGACGUUUCCGGCAACAGUAUUCAGCUCAUUGUAUAUACAUGUAUAUAUGUGCAAAAAAAAAAAA